AUGGCGGACGCCGUGGAGGAGAUCGAGGCCAAGGGCGGCGGCCUCGACACCGCGAAGGACCUGUUCGCUGGAGCCGCGGGAGGCAUUGCGCAGGUCUUGAUCGGCCAACCCUUCGACAUAGUAAAAGUGCGCCUACAAACAACCACGCAGUACAGCUCAGCCCUCAACGCCGCCACCACAAUCUACGCCAAGGAGGGCGCGCUCGCCUUCUACAAGGGCACGCUGACACCGCUCAUCGGCAUCGGCGCCUGCGUCUCGAUCCAGUUCGGCGCCUUCGGCUUCGCGAAGCGGUACUUCGAGUCCGCCAACGCGCGCGCGCACCCGCUCUCCUCCAUCUUACAGUCCAGUCCCAAGGAAUUGAGUUAUGGCCAAUACUACGCCGCCGGCGCCUUCGCCGGCGUCGCCAACUCCAUCAUCUCGGGCCCCAUCGAGCACGUGCGCAUCCGGCUGCAAACGCAACCCCACGGCGCCGCCCGUCUCUACGCCGGCCCCAUCGACUGCGUGCGCCAGCUCACCUCGCCCCAAAACGGCGGCGUCCUGCGCGGGCUGUACCGCGGCGAGGCCGUCACCAUCCUGCGCGAGGCUCAGGCGUACGGCAUGUGGUUCCUGUCGUUCGAGUACAUGAUGAACGCCGACGCGGCGCGCAACAAGAUCGAGCGCCGCGCCGUUCCCGCCUGGAAGGUCGCGCUGUACGGCGGGCUCGCGGGCGAGGUCUUGUGGCUUGGGAGUUAUCCGUUUGAUGUUAUCAAAUCCAAGAUGCAGACCGACGGCUUUGGUGGUGCCAUGCGCUACAAAAGCAUGCGCGACUGCUUCGCGCAGACGUGGCGCGGCGAGGGCAUGCGCGGGUUCUGGAAGGGCAUCGCGCCUACGCUGUUGAGGGCUAUGCCCGUCAGUGCUGGUACCUUUGCCGUGGUCGAGGCUACUAUGCGGGCGAUUAGCUGA